AUGAUGGAGACGAAUUCUGAAUGGAUCGUCAAGCUCUUCAAGACGUAUCGUGAUACAAAAUACGUGUAUAUGCUAUUGGAGGUAUGUUUGGGCGGGGAACUUUGGACAACACUCAGGGACAGAGGUCACUUCGAUGAUUAUACUGCCCGUUUUUACGUUGCAUGUGUGCUAGAGGGACUGGAGUAUCUCCAUAGAAAGCAUAUUGUUUAUCGUGAUCUCAAGCCGGAAAAUUGCCUACUCACCAACACGGGAUAUCUUAAACUAGUCGACUUCGGUUUUGCCAAGAAGCUAGCUUCAGGAAGAAAAACAUGGACUUUUUGCGGAACACCAGAAUAUGUCUCGCCUGAAAUCAUUUUGAACAAAGGUAUUUACAUAUGCGAGUUGAUGCUUGGCCGACCGCCUUUCCAAGCAAGUGAUCCAAUGAAGACGUAUACGCUCAUUCUGAAAGGCGUUGAUGCUUUGGAGAUACCAAAUCGACGGAUUGGUAAAACCGCUACAGCGUUGGUGAAGAAAUUGUGUAGGGAUAAUCCGGGAGAACGACUAGGUUCAGGAUCUGGAGGGGUGAAUGAUAUCAGGAAGCAUCGCUGGUUUAUGGGAUUCGACUGGGAAGGACUUCGAUCGCGUGCUCUCAAGGCUCCUAUCUUG